AUGCUAUCUAGAAAUAAGGAAAUUCCUUUUAGUAAGCUAGAUUGCUAUGUUGUCUUAAAAACAUUAGGGAAAGGAAUUACUUCUAAAGUAAAAUUAAUCCAAGAGCCGGCUUCAAAAAUCUUGUAUGCUGCCAAAAUGUUUAAAAUAGAUAAAAAAGAUACGCAUACUCGUGAGCAUGUCUUCACUGAAAUAGAGUGUUUAAAUAGAAUUUCUCAUAAGUAUGUUAUAAAAUAUAUCAAUUAUUGUGAAGUUGGGAUAUAUAGGAAAAAAAAUAAGACAAGCUAUAGAUGCCAGUUCAUUUUGAUGGAGUACUGCAUAAAUGGUGAAUUUUAUGAGCUAAUUAAUGAGGGUGGAAGCUUAGAUAUGGAUUUGUGCAGGUUUUAUUUUAGGCAGCUAAUAGAAGCUUUGGAAGCUUGCCAUAGGGUUGGUGUUUAUCAUGGAGAUCUUAAAUUGGAAAAUUUAUUGUUGGACAGUGAAUUUAAUUUGAAAUUAAUUGAUUUUGGCUCCUCGAAUUAUAUAAAUCUGAAAGAUGCUAUGGGAAUUCGAGGAACAGAAAAGUAUAUGCCACCAGAAAUAAGGCUAAAUUUGGAAUAUGAUCCUGAAAAAGUUGACGUAUUUGGAGCUGGAGUUAUACUGUUUACCAUGUUUGCUGGGACGCCCCCUUUUAACUAUGCUGAUGUCUCUGAUAAAUUUUAUCGGUGCCUAAUUGGAGAAGAGACUUCAAAAUUAUUUUGGAGAUAUUAUCAGAAAAAACAUGAAAAUAAAAACUUUACAGUAGAUUUAAUCAGUUUAAUUGAAAAAAUGCUUGCUUAUAGCCCACAAGAUAGGCCAAGCAUAGAUGAUAUCAAAAAGAAUACCUGGUUCAAUUUAAAUGUCCCUGCAAAAGAAGAAGUUAUUAGAAUGAUUUCAUAUCUUAAAUUUAAUACCCCAUAA